AUGGAUCCCGCCCGGCCUUCGGUACCCCCAACUGAGCCCUGUCACACCCCUUCAGGCCGGACCACAACUCUCUCCAACAUGGUAAGACCUGACCGCCACCGCCACCAAUUCAAGGUUAUCUCCGCCAAUGUACGUGGUCUCCGAACGAACAUCGGAGACCUAACCCACAACUGUGUACUACGACACGGUGCAGAUGCAGUUGUGGUGAUGGAGACCUGGCUGAACGGAGAUGUGGAGCCAUCGUUCGGCAAAAUAGGUGGCUACACUCACUGGGCCAGGAGAGACCGACAGGAUAGAGCUGGAGGCGGAGUGGCUGUCUGCUUCAGGGAGGGAGUACAGGCACAACAACUCGACGUGGACACGCCGCCUCAGCUGGAGGUGAUGUUCUUCCGGGUUGUGCUGUCCAACCACUCUGCCCUCCUGCUGUGCGCCAUGUACCGCCCCCCCCGGCAGGGGCCUGACUCGCUCCUGUACCUCAAGGAGGCCCUAGAUGUCCUCCUUGUGACUCACCGCUGCCAACACUUUUUGCUUGUGGGCGACCUCUACCACCACCUGGAGCACGACGCCUACGAAAACCUCCUGACGGUGCAGGGCCUGAAGGACCAUGUGACCUUCCCCACUCAUGAGCGGGGCGGGACCCUGGACCCCGUCAUAUCCGACCUGGAGGAGGACACACUCAGCUGCCACCAGCUGGGUCUCGUGGGCAGCUCUGACCACCAUGCUGUCCUGACCCAGGUGGACAUGGGUGUGGCUCGUGACGAGGCCACCACUCGCACAGUCUGGCUAUGGGAUAGGGCAGACUGGGGCUCCCUUCGCCGAGACCUGCGCAGGACUGACUGGCCUUCCAUCCUGCAGGGUGGAGCGGAGGUACAGGCGCGAGCCUUCACUUCCCGCCUCUUGGCGCUCCAGGAGCAACACGUGCCCCACCGUGAGUUCGUCGCCAGACCAACGGACCAGCCUUGGUUUGGUUACCGCUGCCGCGUUGCCGCCGAGGCGAAGUAUUCUGCGUGGCUCCGCUACAAGCAGAGUCCUACUCGGCGCAACAAAGACCUACAUCGAGCGGCCUGCAAGAGGAUGGUGACGACCUGCCGGUGGGCCGUAGGGAGAUGGGAGGAGGACCUGCGGCGCCAGCUAGGAGGCCCUGGAGUGGGCAACAAGACUUGGUGGUCCCUUGUUAAGGGCAGACAGGGCCCCGACCGUCAAGACACUGUCCCUCCUCUCACAAGGCCCGACGGAACGGUGGCCACCAGCAGCAAUGACAAAGCCCAGCUGCUGGCCACCCUUUUCGCCGGGAAGAUUGAGGUGGACAACCCUGAAAAGUCACCGCCUCUUCUGGAGCAGCAGUGCAGAGAGACUGUAACCAAGGUGGAGGUGACGCAGGGGCUUGUCGAGCGUCUGCUGCAGGGGCUCGAUAGGAGCUCCAGGUCUGACCCAAAAAAUUAUCGACCCAUCUCCCUGCUCUCUGUGGUGGGGAAAGUGUUCGAGAGGGUGGUGGCAGAUGUGGUGUGUCGCCACCUCCAGGACAAUUACCUCCUCUCGGACCAACAGUUUGGGUUCAGACCUGGGCGGUUCACCUCCGAUCUCCUCAUGCUCCUCACCGGGGGCUGGCAGGACGCCCUUGACGGCGGCCUCGACUCUGUUGUGGGUGACCUCCUCCAGCUCCUUGGCGACUACCUCCAAGGAAGGACCCUCCAGGUCGUUGUCAAUGGGCAAGCGUCCGAGUCCUUCCCGGUGAGAGCGUCAGUGCCACAGGGCUCAGUGCUGGGGCCAGUCCUGUGGAACAUCUACGUGGACGAUCUUCUCCGACAGCUGCCGACGGUCUCAGCUUAUGCUGAAGAUUGCACUCUCUCCUGUACCUACCCUCGACACGAAAGUGUGCGUGCUGCUGAAGAGAUCAAUCAGCAGCUUGGGGCACAGGUACAGGGUGUGCUACAUCUGGCGGGACUACGGCUGCCCACCAGAGUCACCUCGCGGUACACGAGAACGGUGUUAUCCAGUGGUGACUCAGUGGAAGUGCCGCGUUCCCGCUCUAGCCAACACCAGCGCACCUUUUGGGGGCGAGUCUCCAGACUGUGGAACCCCCUCACACCCAAGAACAGGCCAUCGUUAACACUACGCACCAACCACCAGAUACUGCCACCACUGGGUCCCUGA